AUGAUAGUAUUGGACCUUUCAAGGCUCUUUAUGUAUCAGUUUCAUUAUGGCUUCGUAAAACAAGAGUAUGGGGAGAAGGCAAAGCUGCUAAUGACCGAUACAGACUCUUUGUUUUACAGGUUGAAAAAAGAUGAUCUUUACACAGAGAUUGAUAAGCAUAUAGAUUUGUUUGACUCUUCGAGAGACCACUUUCUAUUUAGUGAAAAACACAAGAGGGUGGUUGGUAAAAUGAAAGAUGAAACAGCUGGAUAUCCAAUUAAAGAAUUUGUCGGUUUGCGAGCAAAAAUGUAUUCCUUUAUCAUUCAUGAUGGAAAGGAAAAUGAAGUGAAGAAAGCCAAGGGGUUAACGAAAUCGGUGAUUAGCAAAGAACUCUCAUUUGAACAGUAUCUGGACUGUCUUUUCAGUAAUGAGACAGAAAGACAUCAAAUGCGUUCAAUUCGGAGCGAACUUCACAUUCUUUAUCUUAAGGCCAUCAACAAAAUUUCCCUUUCCCCAUUCCAUGAUAAGCGAUAUUAGCUAGCACCCCACGGUGUUGAAAGCUAUUCUUAUGGUCAUUAUAAAAUCUCUAAUUAAUGA